GUAGCAGAAGCGGUUUGUUUGGCGGGCCACAAAUCCCAACCCCAAGACCGGGCAACGUGUAUUGCCAGCAGUGCUGGAAAACGCAAUACUUCGAAGGUUUCAAGCACUGAACUAUCGAUAACUUUGUAAGUGCGACCAGUUUAGAUCGUGAUAGAUUCUUUUACGAUAAAUACUGAAAAUUCGGCGUUUUGAAGGUAAAACUUUGCAGGCACACUGCCGCUAAUUGAGUGAAAAUCAUCUUGCAAAAAUAGUUCGUAAAUUGAUGCUGCCUGCUUUCUUGGACCUAGCAGCAACACCGAACAUGCUCCACCUGGAGAUGUUCGAGCCCCCAGGAGUUGCGGGAGCUCUUCACAGAGAUGCGCGAGCUCGAUCUUGCAGUGCAAAAUAACAUGUACUCGCUGGACAAGAAGGCGCACCUCUUCUCAAGCAGUGCAAGCGCGACGAGCUGCAGAACGAGUCCACGGACACGGAGUUCCACAGCCUGCGCGGUGAGUACUUCAAGAUGGCUUCCCGGAGCUGAACCACCGCAGCCACUGCUCUGCUGCUGAUUAUGAACAAGGAGAACUAGUAGCGAGGCUAACUUGACCGACACCUUGGCCAACAGCUUCGCGGGCCACGUUGCGGGCUCUGGCGCCGGUACAGGCUCGGUAUAUUGGCUGCCCAAAUCUGUGCCAGCCAGCGACACCGGAAGCUGAAAAGCAACGCGAGACCAUCCGAACAGUGCGCCAAUUUCAACCACUCACUUCCCGUUGUUGCACCAGGAUAAACAACUGCCGCCGCUAGCCUCACAACCGCGCAAACCCAGGCGGCCACCACGCGUCACCGUGGCCGUGGGCGUGUGCCACAGACACAUACAACCUGCAUCAGCUUGGCGGAGCAGUCUCCGCUCCCAGUGCCAUUUGCGCAGCAAUAGUGACCACACAACUGAUGCAGCAGGGACGCAUAACGGCCAGUCUGAAGGCCAGCUUUGAGGCCAUCCAUGAAGCGGCUGGUACCACGGCCGAAUUUCGGUUGCAGCAGCCCGGCGGAGUGGCGGCCGGAACAGCUUUGGCCACCAGUGGUGCAUCAGGUGCCACUAGCAGCUCGCACCACCCUCACCACUGCCAGACGCACUACAACAGCCACGGGCAAGGACACCGCAGCCACAGCGGGACUGCAAUCAAUACCAGGAGUAGUUAAACACGGCCCUGGUUGUGCCCACAUGUCUGACUGUGCACAAAACUGGGCACCUCCACGUCUGGCGGCAACUCGAUGGGUAUGCUCUCCACGGCAUCAGCUGUGCCCUCGACGAAUCUCUCAGCCAGUGGCCGGGCCCACGGCUCGCUCUCGAUGGCGGUAGCAGAAGCGGUUUGUUUGGCGGGCCACAAAUCCCAACCCCAAGACCGGGCAACGUGUAUUGCCAGCAGUGCUGGAAAACGCAAUACUUCGAAGGUUUCAAGCACUGAACUAUCGAUAACUUUGUAAGUGCGACCAGUUUAGAUCGUGAUAGAUUCUUUUACGAUAAAUACUGAAAAUUCGGCGUUUUGAAGGUAAAACUUUGCAGGCACACUGCCGCUAAUUAAGUGAAAAUCAUCUUGCAAAAAUAGUUCGUAAAUUGAUGUUGCCUGCUUUCUUGGACCUAGCAGCAACACCGAACAUGCUCCACCUGGAGAUGUUCGAGCCCCCAGGAGUUGCGGGAGCUCUUCACAGAGAUGCGCGAGCUCGAUCUUGCAGUGCAAAAUAACAUGUACUCGCUGGACAAGAAGGCGCACCUCUUCUCAAGCAGUGCAAGCGCGACGAGCUGCAGAACGAGUCCACGGACACGGAGUUCCACAGCCUGCGCCGUGAGUACUUCAAGAUGGCUUCCCGGAGCUGAACCAUCGCAGCCACUGCUCUGCUGCUGAUUAUGAACAAGGAGAACUAGUAGCGGGGCUAACUUGAUCGGCACCUUGGCCAACAGCUUCGCGGGCCACGAUGCGGCCUCUGGCGCCGGUACAGGCUCGGUAGCAUAUUGGCUGCCCUUAUCUGUGCCAGCCAGCGACACCGGAAGCUGGACAGCAACGCGAGACCAUCCAAACAGUGCGCCAAUUUCAACCACUCACUUCCCGUUGUUGCAUUAGGAUAAACAACUGCCGCCGCUAGCCUCACAACCGCGCAAACCCAGGCGGCCACCACGCGUCACCGUGGCCGUGGGCGUGUGCCACAGACACAUACAACCUGCAUCAGCUUGGCGGAGCAGUCUCCGCUCCCAGUGCCAUUUGCGCAGCAAUAGUGACCACACAACUGAUGCAGCAGGGACGCAUAACGGCCAGUCUGAAGGCCAGCUUUGAGGCCAUCCAUGAAGCGGCUGGUACCACGGCCGAAUUUCGGUUGCAGCAGCCCGGCGGAGUGGCGGCCGGAACAGCUUUGGCCACCAGUGGUGCAUCAGGUGCCACUAGCAGCUCGCACCACCCUCACCACUGCCAGACGCACUACAACAGCCACGGGCAAGGACACCGCAGCCACAGCGGGACUGCAAUCAAUACCAGGAGUAGUUAAACACGGCCCUGGUUGUGCCCACAUGUCUGACUGUGCACAAAACUGGGCACCUCCACGUCUGGCGGCAACUCGAUGGGUAUGCUCUCCACGGCAUCAGCUGUGCCCUCGACGAAUCUCUCAGCCAGUGGCCGGGCCCACGGCUCGCUCUCGAUGGCGGUAGCAGAAGCGGUUUGUUUGGCGGGCCACAAAUCCCAACCCCAAGACCGGGCAACGUGUAUUGCCAGCAGUGCUGGAAAACGCAAUACUUCGAAGGUUUCAAGCACUGAACUAUCGAUAACUUUGUAAGUGCGACCAGUUUAGAUCGUGAUAGAUUCUUUUACGAUAAAUACUGAAAAUUCGGCGUUUUGAAGGUAAAACUUUGCAGGCACACUGCCGCUAAUUGAGUGAAAAUCAUCUUGCAAAAAUAGUUCGUAAAUUGAUGCUGCCUGCUUUCUUGGACCUAGCAGCAACACCGAACAUGCUCCACCUGGAGAUGUUCGAGCCCCCAGGAGUUUCGGGACCGCUUCACAGAGAUGCGCGGGCUCGAUCUUGCAGUGCAAAACGAUAUGGACUCACUAGACAAGAAGGCGCACCUCUUCUUUAAGCAGUGCAAGCGCGACGAGCUACAGCACGAGUCCAUGGACACGGAGUUCCACAGCCUGCGCAGUGAGUACUUAAGGGUUAUGGAGGACGCCGACGAGAAGGUGGCCAUCGCGACACAAAUCCAUGAGCUGGUCGAGCGCUAUUUGCGUCGCCUGGACAGCGAGCUUUUCAAGUUCAAGUGCGAACUGGAGGCGGACAACAACGGCAUCACCGAGAUCCUCGAGCGUCGCUCCCUGGAGCUGGACGGCAACUCAACGGCAGCCACUGCCCUGCUGCUGAGCAUGAACCAGAAGGAGAACCGCUACUACGGCGCCAGCUCGGCCAACAGCCUGGUCAACAGCUCCGCAGGCCACGUUGCGGGCUCUGUAUCCGGCACAGCCUCCACAGUGAUGGCUCUGACCAACGCAGGAGCCCUCGGCAGCAUCUCGGCUGCACAAAUUAGUGCCAGCCAGCGACAUCGGAAGCUGGAAAAGCGACGCGAGACCAUCUGCACGGUUCCUGUUCAGGAGAAGCGCGCCAAUCUCAACCAUUCACUCCCCGUUGUCGCAUCCGGCUCGGCGGUCGCACCAGGAUCAACCCCUGCGUCCGCCACAGCGGCGGCAGCAGUUGCAGCGGCCGCCGCUGGUCUGGCUAGUGUCACAAACGCGCAAGCCCAGGCGGCCAAUCAUGUUGGCAGCAUAGCCACCACGCAUCUUACUCUGCCCGUGGCCGUGGGCGUGAGUGUUGGCGUUACUGGCGGAGCUGGGAGCCUGGCAACCACUUCCCUGACAGGAGCUGCCGGCUCGGUAGUGCGCCAGCUGCCCACUAAUUUGGCUCACAGCGUGCUCACCACUUCUGGAGGAGCGGCCCAGACACAGGGCCAAUCUGUGGGUUCCUCUGCACCGAUUGCAACAUCAGCCACAGGCCAUGGACAUGGCGGACACCCCGCUGCAGGUGCCAAUGCCACGGUCACCUACAACCUACAGCAGCUUGGCGGAGGAGCCUCCGCUUCCAGUGCCAUUGCCGCAGCAGCCAGCCAAGCGAUAGUGGCCACUCAACAGAUGCAGCAGGGACGCAGAACGGCCAGUCUGAAGGCAAGCUAUGAAGCCAUCCAUGGAGCGGCAGGUACCACGGCAGAAUUCUGGUCGCAGGCGGGCCAGAGUGGCCUACAGCAGCCCGGCGGGGCGGCGGCAGUGGCGGCUGGAACAACUUUGGCCACCAGCGGCGCCGCUGGAUCCACUAGCAGCUCGCACCACCCUCACCACUCCCAGACGCACCACACCAGUCACGGCCAUGGACAUGGACAUGGCCACGGGCAUGGACACCACGGCCACAACAGCAGCCACAGCGGGCACAGCAGUCACCACCAGGAGAAGAAGCAGAAGAAGAAGCUUAACACGGCCCUGCCGCUGCCCACGUCUCUGGCUGUACAGACGCUGGGCACCUCCACGUCCGGCGGCAACUCCAUUGCCUCGUCGACCUCAUCCAUGAGCGUGGAUUCGGUGGAUAUGCUCUCUACGGCGGCGGCUGCGGCCACGACGAAUCUCUCGGCCGGUGGCCUGGUCCACGGCUCGCUCUCCAUGACGGCGGCAGGAACCGUUGGUUUGGCGGGCAAUCCCGCCAACGUGGCUGGAGGAGUUCCCGCCGGAGUGGCCAGCAUGAGCCUGCCGACCACUGCGCUAACUCCUGGUUCCAGCCUGACCAUCGGCGAGAACGGACUGGUCGUGGAGCAGACGAACGAGGGCGAAUGGUCGUACGAUCCCAACGAGCCGCGUUACUGCACCUGCAACCAGGUAUCCUACGGCGACAUGGUGGCCUGCGACAACGACGCCUGCCCCUACGAGUGGUUCCACUAUCCCUGCGUAGGCAUUACGCAGCCGCCAAAGGGCAAGUGGUACUGCCCCAAGUGCACCGCCUCCAUGCGUCGCCGGGGCAACCGAAAGAACUGAGGCUGACUUCGCCCGAUGGCCUUCCUUUUCCGCGGCGGUGGCGUCUGGUCGCGCCGUUAGAGCCGAGACGGGAUGAUGCACGGGAUUCUAAUGCGGAGUAUCCAAUUAUAUAAUAAUAUAUAAUAUAUGUAUCCAAAUAAUAUAUAUAGUUAGUAAGGAAGCACGUUUUCUCAUUUCCAAAUAAAACUGGAUUGGUCAAAUAUA